CCAUUCUCAUCUGGUUUCUCAGAGCCUCCACUCUGUUUUCUCUAAACACACACUCACUCCCUCACUCGCACAAAAACAAAGGGGUAUGAAAUGGUCCGGGAUAUUCAGCUGUGCAGAUCUCAUGUAGAGGGAUCAAGGCGAAAUUGUCAAGACAUGGACUUUAGCCAAAAGAAGCACUAAAAAAAACGCUCAGACUGGACGUUCAAUAACUCCAGCUGACCUUGGACAACUCAAAGGAGGGAAGUCAAAUUGUGUGACGUAAGGAUACACCCAGCACCAUAAUGGAAGUCCCAGAUGACCUCUCUAUUUUCAACUCCACCUCCUUCCCUUAUUUUACGACAGAGACCCAUCUGAACACCUCUCUGGCCUCCGCUGAUCCCUGCAGGGACUGGACCCCCGUGCCCAUGACCACAGUCAUCCCCACCAUAUACAGCAUCAUCUGUGUGCUGGGAACUGUGGCCAACGCCCUGGCUGUAUCCGUGCUGGCCCAUGCCAGUGCCUCAAGGAGGACUGUAGCCAACACGUUCAUGCUGAACCUGUGUGUGUCUGACCUGCUAUUCCUGCUGUCUCUCCCACUUUGGGCCGUCUACUACUCCCGCGGUUACGACUGGCCCUUUGGCCAAGUGGCCUGCAAAAUGUGUGGGCUGCUCCACAACCUCAACCUCUACGCGUCCAUCUUCUUCAUCACAUCCAUGAGCAUAGACCGCUACCUGGCUAUCGUGCACCCGUUCCGCUCCCAGAGUGCACGGGACCCUAAACGUGCCCGGCUCACGUGCAUCCUGGUGUGGGUUCUGGCCUGUGCUUGCUCCGUCCCCACACUGGCUCUGAGGGACACGCACUACCUUGAAGCGUUCGCUGUGGAGGCCUGUGUGAUUUUAUAUCCCACUCACAAGUGGUAUCUCACCCUGGUCUGGAUGAAGAUCAUUCUGGCCUUUCUCCUUCCACUGCUUGUCAUCUCCUGUUGCUACUGUGCCAUCGGUAGAAAUUUGCUGGGCGAUACGGUACUGAUGAGAGUGCACAGUGUGUCACACCCUCCCAACAUGUCGUCUUUCAAAUCAACACUGCAGCCCCAGGAGAGCUGCAGUAAACCAGAGAGACCCCCGACCCCGCAUGUUAGCCAAAGCUUCAGUGGAGGUAGACCUUUGGAGGGCAGGGGGUUGGAGCGUGUUUUAAGGACAGUAGCUGCUGUUGUCUUGGCCUUUUUCCUCUGCUGGUUCCCCUUUCACUGUGUGACCUUCAUAGAUUUGCUGAAAAGCAAGGGCUUGUUGGACAGCUGCUGGGUAAAUUGGACCAUCCACAACCUCACCCCUCUCACCCUCUGUCUGGGCUUCUCCAACUCUGCCAUCAACCCUGUGGUCUAUUGCUUUAUUGGGAACCAUUUCCGGGGCCGCCUUGGGGGCCUCUGCAAAGACCUGUGCGCUUGUUUGAAGGCCCGUGGGGAAGAUCACAGCCAGAAGAGAGGCUCCUUUAGCACCAGACUGAGCUCCUUCUCUCGAAAACUCAGUGACCUGAAAGACCUGGCAAUUGUGGAGCCCACCAGUCCUGCAUAGUCAGACCCCCCAGGGGCAAGACUUACACUGGCUUCACACCCCGAAGAACGAAUGUCAAAUGACUGCUGAAGUCCAAUAAGCAUGGGUGUUUGAGACAGAGCGAGUGCUGUUACUGACUGAGUGGAAUUCCAGCUGAGCUAAACUCUACCAUACAAAACUAGAAAACAUGUCAAGAACAAAGGUUCACCGUUUAAAGGCAGAUUACUUCACCAUGUUGGAGUUCUAAAUAUUGUGCCUUUUUGUCUACAAGGGAAGAGGUCACACGUGGUCGAUGAAAUGUACUGCACUCUUGAGUUUCAGCUCAGUGUUUAGCCGUCCAGCCAUCAGCUUUACAUUUCUGCAGCAGGCACACAAUUCUACUAAAAAGCUAUAGAUCCACUCUAUCAACACCAAACAGCAGUUAGUGAUAAUAGUGAGUGAACCUUGCAGCCAGAUAUAGUUCCCUCAGGAGUUGUUUGAGACCAAGGACAUAAAUAACUUAAUACCGCUACUACUACUUAUAGUUAAUGUUGUGAAAAACAUGCUUCAGAGGUGUUUCACCGUAACAACCUCUGUUCAGAGAUGAUGGUACGCACUAAUGUUUUUUUAGUAAUUGUUUCCACUGACCUCAACAGAUAAAAUAUAAAUGAAAUCAAACAAAAACAAAAGAGUGAUGUAGGUUUGAGGGUUACAAAAAAAGCACUCCAUCCUUGAUGGAAACUGACACCUAAGCUGAUGGUGGACUGAUUUAGCUGCUUUAAUGUAAGUAAAUGAUCAAACUCUAUUUCAAAUAUAGAAACAGUGUGGGAACGAGUGAGUAAAAGUUUGCAGUUCUAUCUAGCUUUCAUGCUUUUCAUCGAUUUGUAGAGUCUAGUCUUUGAAACCAAAGCUUAUGCGACAAACAAAUGUUAAACAUUCAGAUUCUGCUCUUACCUCAGUUUUGACUAAAUGUGUAUUUAGUGCUUUGCAGGAUGUGGGACAGACGAUGAAUUAGAUAAAGCUUUUCUCAGAUGUUUAUUAACCAAUCUUUAUGUCACUUAUAGGACCAACAUGUAAUCAUGUAACUUGUAUAACUUUCUGUAUUAUCCUCUAAAUAACGAAGAAGAAAUAAAAAUCAUGGCAUUCCUUUGACUCAAUUAAGAAAUAAAGCAAAUAAAUAUUUAUCUAAA